AUGAGCUCUCUCGCCAGUGGCCCUGCUGGAUUCCUCCAGAGUGGCCUUGACCGUCACUAUGUUUCCAUUGCAGGCGCUGCAUUCUUUGUCUGCGCACUUGUCGCGGUUGUCCUCGUUAUGGGGUCGCAGAGGCGCAAUAAGGUCGAUUACAACAGUGGAAUCUUCAGCUACCUGAAAUUCAUUUAUGCCAGCUUCCUGAAACCCCAUAAUAAAGGCAGCAACGGUCAGCAGGAUGCAUUGGAGAGCUUCUAUUCUACUCAAGCUACAGUAUACGAUUCUACUCGAAAGCGCCUUCUAUGUGGUCGAGAGGACAUGCUUGGUCUCGUUGCUGCCCAGCUCAAGUACAAGGUUGAGAACAAGGAGCUUCAGAAAGGAAAGGCGAUUUGGGUCGAUAUUGGUGGCGGCACUGGAUACAACAUCGAAGCCAUGGCCGCGUUCGUUCCCGUCGCGGAGUUCUUCUCCCAGGUCUACCUCGUCGAUCUAUCUCCGUCUCUAUGUGAAGUUGCGCGCCAACGCUUCGAGCGAUUAGGAUGGAAGAAUAUCACAGUGGUCUGCCAGGAUGCACGCUCGUUCCGUUUACCGGAAGAGAACGUCGACCCGGCAAAGAAUCCUGGAUCCGGUGCCGAUGUGGUCACAAUGAGCUACAGUCUGUCAAUGAUCCCAGAUUAUUACAGCGUGGUGGACUCGCUGGGAAACCUGGUGAAGCCGUCUGGCUUACUUGGUGUCUGCGACUUUUACGUCCAAAGCAUUGUCGAUGUCUCUACCAGAAAUUACAUUGGUGGCGCCUUCAACCGACACGUUAAUUGGUUAGGUCGUGCAUUCUGGCGCGCCUGGUUCGAGGCAGACCGUGUGAACCUUGAUGCUGCUCGCCGAGACUACUUGGAAUAUCGUUUCGGAACCGUGAUCUCAGCAAGUGAGCGGAACUACCUUCUCGGUGGUAUCCCUUACUACAUUUUUGUUGGACGUCAAAAGGAUAUCUCUCCAAACCAGGCCAGCCGUGAGGCUAUCGAGAAGUUGGACGCAUCCUUCACAGAAUCGCCGUAUCUCUCUCCGGCCAACCACCGCAAGGAGAUGGAUAAUGCUGUUGUCAAGAGCACGCAGGAGAUUCGGUCCAAGGCAUAUGAAUCGGCCGUGAUCAACUUGAGCGCCAACCUUCCCCUCCCCGCAUCCUUCUACCAAAACCACCAUUACCGUAUUUUCUACAACGACCUCCUCCCGAAGCAUACGCAAUUCCAAAACGAGUACAUCUAUGCCUUUACCUGGGAAGACCCUCGGGUUGACCACCGACUACUGAACAUUAAUCGUGACGACGUCAUCCUGGCCAUCACAAGUGCUGGCGAUAACAUCUUGGAUUAUUUGCAGAAGAGCCCGCGUCGCGUUCAUGCGGUUGAUUUGAACCCGAAUCAGAACCAUCUUCUUGAGCUUAAGGUCGCCUGUUUUAUCGCCCUCGGCCACAGGGAUGUUUGGAAGAUCUUUGGUGAGGGAAAGCAUGCCGAAUUCCGUGAUCUCUUGAUUUCGCGCCUCAGCCCUCACCUAUCCAGCCAGGCUUUCCAGUACUGGCUUGAGCACACUCAGGUCUUUUCCUCAUCUUCAGGCCGAGGUCUCUAUGAGACCGGCGGCUCUCGCCACGCAAUCAAGAUGGUCCGCUAUAUCUUCAAGGCCUUCGGUAUGGAGGGCCAAGUAAAGAAGCUUUGCGAGGCUCAAACCCUAGCUGAGCAACGUGAAAUCUGGCCGCGGAUUCGCUCCGUUCUUAUGAGCAAGCCUCUUCACUGGGCAGUGGUUAGUACUGAGUGGUUCGCAUGGAAAGCUGCUGGUGUUCCUCGCAACCAGCGAAACAUGAUCGUUGACGAUUACUUCAAGCGCAACGGUCUUACAAAGGAGAUGAAUAAUGCUAAGGACCUCAGCGGCAAAUCAAUCUGGGAAUAUGUGGUGGACACAUUGGAUCCUGUUGUCCAAGAGACAAUGAUCAGCAAUGACAACUACUUCUACUACCUGUGCUUGCAGGGUCAAUUUUCAAGAAGAUGCGCCCCGACCUACCUUACCCCUCAAGCACAUGUCAAGCUAUCAUCUCCAGGCGCAUUUGAUGGCCUACGUAUCCACACAGACGAGAUCAACGAAGUUAUCGGGCGUAUCACGCCUCGAAGCCUCACAAUCGCCGUGGUCAUGGACUCAAUGGACUGGUUCGACCCAGAAAGUACAGACGCCUCCGCACAAGCGCUGAAAUUCAACCAUGCCCUGAAGCUAGAUGGCCGAAUCCUCCUCCGCUCUGCGAGCAUCGAACCCUGGUACAUCAAGGACUUCGAGCAAAAUGGCUUCAGGUGUCGACGUGUUGGAGCCCGUUUCUCAGGUUCCUGCAUUGACCGUGUGAACAUGUACGCGUCUACCUGGAUCUGCACAAAGACAGAAGAAAUUGAGCAAUUGUCGCAAGACAAGCGGUCAAAUAGCGUGGAUCAUCUGGAGCUUUAA